AUGUUGACCACAGGAGGCCACUCCCGCGUGAUACUGCUCGGGCCAGACUCGUCCCACCCAGCGUCCGCCGCACUCGUUCGCCAGGCCGUGGCUCAAGAGCCGUACUUGACCGCCCUGCGCGACAUGCACACUAGUAGUGGCGUGUCGGCAUCCACACCCGACCUCAUCGCGCUGCCCUCGGUCCUGACAACCAAGCGACAAGUCCAAGAUUUUGUGGACCAAGAGCCGUCCCCUUUGCGAGUUGCGACCACAUCGAUCACAGCGACCAAAGUCUUCAUGCCGCCCACUCAAGACGCGCCAGCGGAUGACUCCACCGGCGUCCUCGUGCUGCAAAAGGAGGAGCGACAAUCGGAUCUGAACUCUCGGUUAAUUCACGACAGAUCUAAACACAGUGGGGCCACCAAGUCGAGACCAACGUCGUGCUUGUUGGUGAAUUCCAAGCGGGUGCCAUCAGGCGGAGAUUCGCCGCUGGUCAAACACCCCAUGCGGCUCGUCGCGGCCAAGCUCAUGGCGUCUUUGACCGCCCACACGAUGAGUCCGAAUCAGUGCGACGGGAAGCCCAGCCACACAUACUUCCAAGACAUUUUCUUUCAAGUGGCAGCGCAAUUGGAACAGCAGCCGUCAACAGCAGGGCUGGCGCAAGUCCUCAGGCAAAUAUGGACCGUCCACGUGGACCCACUGCACAACGACGUGGAGCGGUCGAAGAGGCUAGGGCUGCUUACAUUUGCCAAAGAAGUACAUGAUGCGGUGGUCGCCACAAACAACGACGACACCCGAGCGUUCACUCGACCAUCCAAACGCGACCGCCACAACAGCCAACGUGCGCCGCUUAAUCGUCUCCAGCGCACGGCCAGUUCCAUCGCCAAAAUAACCCCUCGUGGCAUCAAAUCCUCCGUGGCAGCACCUUCAUUCACGCCACCCGACGAAAUAUGCCCAUCGGCGAGCGUCGGGCGCACGAACUCGUCGAGUGCGUCGUUGGAGGACUCAUGCGUGCGCCAGACUCGACGGCAUAGUGAGGCUGUACUGACGUUUGCUCACAUCGACCAAGUCCAGCAAGUGGGAAAGAUCUUGUCGGCUAAGGAACGUGUCAAAGCACUGCGGCUCGAGCUCAUUUCGAUGCAGAGGCUUCGGGAAUCGAUCUUUGCGACCGUGUUGAGCGCCGACGCCGCGCGGCAAAAAGACAUUGACACGCGCAUGCGGCUUCGGAUCACAGCGCAGCUCGAGCAAACGUUGCAAAAACGGUAUUCCGUCGUGCCCGAGUCGAUGACGCUGGCGGCCAUUCAAAUCCAACGGAUGGCGAGGGGUAAACUCGCGGGGAAGCGGAUGCGGAUGGCGCGGAUCGUUGCGCUCAUGCACCUGUCGAAGGACUUGUUUCGCCGCAAACUCCAGAAGCGCGAGUGGCAAGAGCUCGACGGCGUGCCAAAUGAUGUCCCUAUCGACGAGCUCGAAGAAGAAAUGAAAGCGAUUGUGUGGGAAGUGACUCGCCUUGUGCGCGAUUUGUCGCUCGACUGGUGGAAGCUCAGCCUCAGUGAAGAGCGCGCUCGAUUGACGUGGGAGCUCAGCGAUGCCAAGGACGACUUGCGCCACGUGCAUCAGCAAACGUCCGUCCUGAUGCAGAAUAUUUCGUUUGGCAUGAGCGUCGCGACUGCGCCGAUGCUGACCAAGGCCCACGAGGCUCGCCUGGGAGUCCAUCAAUACUACUCGCCCAGUCCACGCGUUGCAGACUCGACUAAAGAAUUGAUGGACAGCAUCGCAUCCAUCAACUCGAAACUCGAAGACUUUAACUUUGCCGUGGCCAAAGCCAAGCAGACUCGCACGACGGCAUCGACCCAGACGGAUUCGACGCUGCAAAAGCAGCCAACGUACUUGCAAGCGCUGGCCAAGCUCGCCAAGCUCCAAGACGCCAUCACGACAUCCUGUCCCGCCGCAGACGAAGAAUCCCAAGCCGACAUGGUAUCGGACUCCCCUUCCCGUUCCGCCGAUCGAAUGCUUGAUGCCCCCCUUCCACCUCAAUCGUACACGGUCGAGCCAAGUGCUGAGGUGGAGGCCAGUGCGCGCGCCGUGGCAGAUCCUGCAGUUGGCAAAUUUCCGACCACGGCACGGUUGGAUACCCCCGCAGAGUCGCUUCCAUCAAGCAAAAAGCGACCGCUGCAUCGCACGCCCAAAGCGGCAACGGCACCACCACCAGUUCCUGGACUGAACGACGUGCCAUCCAUCGUCGCCAAGGAAUUCAAAAUCGUUGGAAAGACCCAGCCCCACAAACCAAAAAUCAUGUGCGUCGCCCAGCUCAAGCUCCUUCUGCACGAGGUGUAUGCUGCGCGCGCGAUAGACGAGCUUCGAUCGCCCGUGGGGGAAUUCCUCUACCGUUUCUUUGCUCUCAAAUACGGCCUCCGGCAUGUGGCGGAAAUGUACUUGGUGAACUUUAUCGCAUCCGUGAAAAAGUUCUGGAAGCACGACCCAGAGAUUCGCCUGUGCGCUCGGGUGUGCCACUUGAGACACACUACGCCGCUGAGCCUCGACGCGUUGGAUUUUUAUGCUGGGCUCCUCGUUGGCCUCGGCAUCCAUCGACAUGAAGCAGUCAUUCCAGUGUGGUUCCUUCCCCACCUCGUUCGACACGCAGUCGAUUUGAUCCAAAAGUAUGAGCCCGGGUGCAUGCUCGAGAUCGUUCACCACAACCCCGAUGCAACGUACAAGGCAAUUGAAGGAAAGCUGUCCAAGCUGCCCCCAGCAGCGACUCACCAUGACAUCGGGUUUAGCAUGGCAAGCCUGACGUAUGUCGAUCGAGAUGAUGCCCUCGCGAUCUGCGUCGAUGCAUUUGAGGCGGUCGAGCUUGCCAUUCACAACCACUUGGUGCAGGCAUUUCACGCGGCCGACAUUGACAAGAACGGCGUGCUGUGCUUUGCCGAGUUUAACAGUUUGGUUCAAAAGGUCUACUCGACGCCCCAUUCACAUGUCCAGCGCAUGUUCUUCGACGCGAUCUCGCUUUCGGGCCAUCCCCAACACGACGCGAUUCUUCCUGAAGUGUUUGUGUCGAUCGCAAAGAAAGAAGGAUUGAGCAGAAAGAGCUACGUGAACGAGCGCCGCGAUGCCAUCACACUCCCCGUGGACAUUUCUGUCGUGCAAAAUGAAGACCUUUCGUCACAGCAACCGAUCGGUCAAGCUUGACGAAGCGUUGCGGGCCGCAUUCCAAGGGGGAAAGCAUGCUUGUGUGCCGCCCGUGGCGGCUCGUUGUUCGGGCAGCCGAAGCGACUUUGCCCACUUUGACAUGCGCACGACGACGUCCAUGGAUGACCCCAGCCACAUGCAAUUCGGACUUAUAAAUCACAACAUGCCUUCCUCUAAUCGAC